UCGAUGUCAUUCACCUAACCCGCUGUUUGAUUGGUGGGUUUAAUGCUGACGCAGGAAGGUGACAUAUAGUAUCAUCAGAGAAGGUCGCGGAAAUUUCAACGCUUGUUAUUAUUUUUUUGUUUUCAGAAAGAUAUUGUUUGGCCUGUGGUUAUGACGACUCUGGACGACAAGCUCCUGGGGGAGAAGCUGCAGUACUACUACAGCAGCAGUGAGGAUGAGGAGAGCGACCAUGAGGAAGAUGAAGGCCAGUCCAAAACCAUCAGGGAUCAGGAAGUGCUGCAGACUGAGAUAGACUACAGUCCUGACGGCACUGUUGUUAACACCGGUCCAAAAGGUGUGAUCAACGACUGGAGGAAAUACAAGCAGUUGGAGACGGAACAGCGAGCUGAGCAGCAGAAGGAGAUGGAGCGGCUGAUAAAGAAGCUCAGCAUGACCUGCAGAUCGCAGCUGGAUGACGAGCUGGACAAGCAGAAGCAGAAGGAGCUGCAGGACAAGAUCAACGGCAAGGUAACACUGCGAGUUGAUGAGGAGGAAGAUGACGAUGACGAAGCCUUCCUCCAGCAGUACCGGCUGCAGCGUAUGGAGGAAAUGAGACGGCAGCUGAGUGGCGGGCGACGUUUUGAGCGCGUCAUCUCCAUUUCCUCAGGCGAGGAGUUCCUGCGUGCCAUUGAUGAGGAGGGCAGAGGCACUCUAGUGCUGGUGCACAUUUUCGAGCCCGACGUGCCCGCCUGCCAGGCCAUGGAGGGAAGCCUGAUUUGUCUCGCUCUGCAAUACCCGGAGGUGAAGUUCUGUGCAGCACAGGGCUCAGUGCUGGGCACCAGCGCUCUGUUUCGCAGCUCGGCGCUGCCCGCUCUGCUGCUCUACCGCGGCGGCGAUCUGGUGGGCAACCUGGUACGCGUCUCUGACCAGCUGGGUGAUGACUUCUACGCCACUGACGUGGAGGCCCUGCUGCAGGAGUACGGCCUGCUCCCUGAGAAACUCCCACACGCAGCCACACAUUCAUCCAUCCGCACCGGCAACACCAACGACUCCGACAGUGACCUGGAUAUAGACUAAAGAAAAGAAUACAAUAUGUACACAUUUCCCCACAGUAACUCAUUGCUGACUGAAAUGACCAAAACCAGUCACAUCUGAGUACGUAUAUAUAUAUACACACACACACACACUCUCUCAACCCCACACACACUCUAACCCUCCAGCAAUCAUCACAGUGGCCUGGAUGUGGACUAUACACACCUAGUGUGCACACAAACACAGGCAACUGCAUAGUAGCUCAUGAGCAUUUGAAGUGACCAAAACAAAUCACAGAUGGAUGGACACACACACUGUGAUCCUUGCUAAAUAUGUGACUUUAAUUAGUGGACCUGGUUUACUUACACAGAAUUUUGUACCAAACUUAAUUCACUGGACCAAAAAAACAAAAAGGAUGCAGGAUGUUCAGGUGUGUGUGUGUAGUGUGGUGUAGACAGAGAUAGGAAUACAUGAGGGUUUUGGCAGUGUGUGUACAUUUUGCAUGUCCUCUCAGAAACGCAAGAUUUUCUUUUCUGGCUACCGAGGUAAAGGUUAGUCAUAGCAUUGUUUAGCUAUAGUAAUACACAAGUCAAUGAAAAGCCCUAAAAGAUAACAUGAGACGGUUUCAACAUGUAAUCAUUAUCAGAAACUUAUGAAAUAUGCUCUUAUGUUUAUUUUAAUAUGAAAGCCUUCGUUUGUGCUCUAUGCAAUCCUGGAGGCAGAACAAGUCAAACAUCCAUCUGUGUGUAACUAUUUAUUCUAGUUUUAGCUGAAUGUGAUUUUUUUUUUUGUGUUGUUGUUUCUGUGUGUUGUUUUAGCUUUAAAACAAGAGAAUUUUGACUGAGAAGCUUCUGUUAGUUUUCUACAUUUUAUAAGUGUCUGUUCUGUCAACAAUGAAAUAAAAUAAAAAAAAUAGCUUGUGAUGUUCUGC